AUGGAUCAACAAUAUGCUGCAAUGAGUUUGGGAGAUGAUGAUGAUGGCUUUCUAAUGUACGACAAUGAUACGGUGGACACGAUAGACUUUGAUGACAGAUGGUGUCUUGUUGGGCGCUUUCUGACAGAUCGUACUAUAGACUUUGAAGCAAUGCAACACAAAAUGGCAUCGUUAUGGCGCCCAGUAAGAGGUUUGUUUGUUAAAGAACUUGAGCCAAAUUUUUUCUUAUUUCAAUUUUAUCAUGAAAUGGAUAUAGAACGGGUUAUGGAAGGAAGUCCUUGGACAUUUGAUAGAAUUCCUCUCAUAUUUGAAAGACUAAAAUCUGGUGAGAAUCCACGUAAUAUCAAUCCCAUGGAACUGAUUUUCUGGGUGCAAAUCCAUGGAUUAAAGGCUGGUUUUCGGUCAGAAAGAGUCUUGAAGGAUCUUGGCAAUUACAUGGGAUCAUAUGUGAAGAUGGAUCCAAAUAACUUUCUUAGUGGGUGGAGAGACUAUCUACGAGUAAGGGUGAGAAUACGGAUCGAUAAAGCUUUGAAGAAAGGAAGAAAGUUACAGAUGAAGAGCGGACUGGAAUGUCACACUAUCUUCAAAUACGAAGAUUUAUCAACCUUCUGCUUCGUCUGUGGACUGCUGGGUCACUCCGAGAGGUUCUGCGAAAAAGCUUUUGACACUCCUCCACAUCUUCUUUCGAAGCCUUAUAAUCUUGACAUGAAGGCACCUCCGAGGCGAAGAACUCAUUCUAUGGGCGCACGGUGGUUGAGAACUGAGAUGGCGGCGAAGACGUAUGGAGAAUCUUCUGCUACUCCGGCGAUAGACAGGUCGACGACAAUCAUUAAAGCUGUAUCAUCGGAAGAGAUUAUGGUGGGAGGAAAUCAAGGAGUAGAAUGUGGGAGUGAUGCAAUUAUGGGAAAUCAGGAUAUGGUGGAAGGGGAGGGAAUUAAUGGUAAUAAAAAAGGAAAGUCAAUUGAUAUAGAAAAUGGAAGUGAGGAGGAUGAUAGUCAAAUCAUUUUAGAGCAAAAAAGGAGGAGAGUUACGUUAGGCAUUAAUGGACAAGCUGUCCAAGAAGAUUUAUUUAUGGAGGAGGAUAUGCAUGCUGUUCUUUUUGAUGAUCACGUGGCUAACAACUCAAGUGGACCAUCAUUUCAAAAAAACUUAAGUGGGGCGGGCUCUCUUGCACAGGCCCGCCAAGGAUUAUGA